UCGAACUGUUUCAUGUAGAUAAGGAAAAUGGUGUGGUUACGUUAAUGGGAAAACUUGACUUUGAGAGAUUUAGGCAUUAUGAGAUAGAUGUUCAAGCAUCAGAUGAAGGUGGUAACUCAGACGUAUGCAAAGUUAUAAUUGAGGUGCUGGACACAAACGAUAACCCACCAGCUAUCAACAUUAUGUCAACGUCAUCCAGUAUAUCUGAGGAUGUUAAGCCAGGCACGGUUCUGACAAUGAUGAACAUUCAGGAUCCAGAUUCAAAUGAAAAUGGCAAAGUUCACUGCGCUCUAGAUAAGAAUAUUAAUUUUGCAAUCACGUCAACAUCAAAUAAUUUCUUUACAUUAGUGACAGACAGUGAAUUAGACAGAGAGAGAGCCUCUGAGUAUAAUAUAACAGUGACCUGCUCUGAUGAGGGAGUCCCCUCCCUCUCCAGCAGCGUCACUCUCACCUUACAGAUCUCUGAUGUGAAUGACAACGCGCCUGUCUUUGAGAGGAGCUCAUAUGAGGCCUACAUUGUAGAAAACAACACACCGGGCCUCUCUAUAUUCACAGUGAAAGCCAGAGACGCUGACUGGAACCAGAAUGCCCGUGUUUCUUACAUACUGGAGGACUCCUCUGUUAACGGAGUGCCAGUCUCCUCAUACGUGUCUGUUAGUGCUGAUAGUGGAGUCAUCCAUGCAGAGCGCUCUUUUGACUACGAGCAGAUCAAAGAUUUCCACUUCCGUGUCAAAGCGCAGGAUGGAGGCUCUCCUCCACUCAGUAGCAAUGUGACUGUGAAAAUACUGAUCCAGGACCAGAACGACAACCCUCCUCAGGUUCUGUACCCAGUCCAGACUGGUGGCUCUCUGGUGGCUGAAAUGGUGCCUCGUUCAGCAGAUGUGGGCUAUCUGGUGACUAAAGUGGUGGCUGUUGAUGUGGACUCUGGACAGAAUGCCUGGCUCUCCUAUAAACUGCAGAAAGCCACAGACAGGGCGCUGUUUGAAGUGGGCUUACAGAAUGGAGAAAUAAGAACUAUCCGCCAAGUCACUGAUAAAGAUGCAGUGAAACAAAGACUGACUGUUAUAGUGGAGGACAACGGGAAGCCCUCUCGUUCAGCUACAGUCAUUGUUAACGUGGCGGUGGCGGACAGCUUCCCUGAAGUGCUGUCGGAGUUCACUGACUUUACACACGACAAGGAGUACAAUGGCAACCUGACUUUUUACUUAGUGUUGGCUCUGGCUGUAGUUUCCUUCCUCUUCAUCACGUGUUUAGUGGUAAUUAUAUCAGUGAAAAUCUACAGAUGGAGACAGUCUCGCAUCCUGUAUCACUCCAAUCUCCCUGUGAUUCCAUAUUAUCCACCACGUUACUCAGACACUUUGGGGACAGGGACUCUCCAACACGUGUACAACUACGAGGUGUGCAGGACGACUGACUCCAGAAAGAGUGACCGUAAGUUCGGCAGAGCUGGUAGUCAGAACGUGCUGAUAAUGGACCCCAGUUCUACCGGAACGAUGCAGCGGACAAAGAAUGAAAAGAGCAUCCUGGAUGAACCAGACUCUCCUCUAGAGGUUAGAAUAUUUUCCCCUUUGGUUAUGUCAGAGUCGUAUGUUAAUUUUUUUUCUUCUCGCAGACAAUUAAAUUUCAGCACCCCAGACAGAGGAGGCCAAACUCUCCUCUAGGGGUCAGUUUUCCAG